UCUCGCGCUCGCGGAUGAGGUUCCCGCGCGGGACUGACACCGCAGAAGGGGGAAACGGCGCGGGGUUCAGAGUAAACCGGCUAACUUCCGGGCUAGCGCGAGCUCACAUGCACGCAUUACUUCGUUUACUUUCCCACCUGCGGCGUAGGAGGAGGAGACUUUUUUAAUGUUAAACGAGUUUUAAUAAGGGCUACCAAUUCUUCUAAGUAACAUUUUUGCACCAAACAUGUCAAAAUGUACAAAACGCGCGUGCGUUCUGUCAUCAAACUCCACAAACCAGAAAGAACAUGGUUUCUGAUCGUUAAUUCAUGUUAAUGAAUGUCCAGAUUAUUCCAGAAACAAAAGAAUAUCGAUGACGAACAGAGAUUAACGGAUUCUCCUUUACUGUUGUGUUCAGGUACGGUCUGUAAAAAUGAAUGACGAGUCUCCGUCCUCCUAAAACUGACCCGCUUGAACCUCAGUUUCCACAGAAACCAGAUUAUGCGGUUUUUAACGUUUCUAGAAGAAAAUCAAACUCAGAAGAUCUGAGGGCAGGUGGAUCUGGUCAGGAAGAUCUGAGGCAGGAGAGGUGGAUCCGGUCAGGAAGGUCUGAGGCAGGGCAGGUGGAUCCGGUCUGGAAGAUCUGAGGCAGGACAGGUGGAUCCGGUCUGGAAGAUCUGAGGCAGGACAGUCUGAUCCGGUCUGGAAGAUCUGAGGCAGGACAGGUGGAUCCGGUCCGGAAGAUCUGAGGCAGGACAGUCUGAUCCGGUCCGGAAGAUCUGAGGCAGGACAGGUGGAUCUGGUCUGGAAGAUCUGAGGAAGGACAGGCAGAGAUGCAGAUCUGGAGGUCGCAAAGGCGGAGCCUGACCAGAACCUGCUGACGGCGAGGAGCUGCAGCGUUCCUCCGGCUCCUGACCCCGUAGGUCACCAUGUCGUACCGAGCGCCUCUCACCGCCGCCAUCACCACGGUUCUCGGGGCGGCCGUCGGCGGGCUGCUCCUGUGGCGAGUCUACAGCUCCAAGAGGAGGAAGCUGCCUCCCGACCAGGAGGUGGCCGAUCCCGCUGGAGCCCCCCACCCCAACCAGGAGGGGCUUUUAGACCUGCAUCUGCCCUCCACAGAGAGGGCGGCGAGGCCCGCCGGUACCGGGCCCUCCGGAGCGCCCCCCGCUGUCCAGACGGCGCCGUGCGAGCCGCUGCCGGCGCUGAAGCCGGUGCUGGUGAGCUGUGAGGACGAGUGGCAGCAGCUGUGGCCGCGGAUGCAGGAGGAGCUGUCGGUCCUCCCCGUCCUGGGGCUGGACUGUGAAUGGGUAACCAUCCGGAACAGACCCAGACGCUGCACCCGGUCCCAGGUUCUGACCCGGCUGCUGGUUCCGCUGCAGGUGUCGGUGAAGGGCCGGGCCUCGGAGGUGUCGCUGCUGCAGAUGUCCUCGUACUCCGGCCUGUGCGCUCUGGUGAGGCUGCUGGCGUUCCGGGACGGCCAGCAGGCGUUCCCGCUCAGCUUCGUGGAGCUGCUGAGAGACCCGAAGGUCCUGAAGGUCGGCGUGGGCUGCUACGAGGACGGGAAGCGGCUGACGCGCGACCACGGCCUGCUGCUGGCCUGCACCGUCGACCUGCGCUACCUGGCGCUGAGGCAGAGGAGAACGCCGGCGGACAACGGCCUGAGCCUGAAGUCUCUGGCUGCAGAGCUGCUGAACUUCCCUCUGGAUAAAUCUCCGGCGCUGCGCUGCAGCGACUGGGAGGCGGAUCAGCUGACGCCCAAUCAGGUGACCUACGCAGCCAGAGACGCUCAGGUCGCCGUGGCGCUCUUCCUCCACCUCCUUGGCCUCCGGGUUGGAGCUGGCCCCGCCCCCUUCUCAGAGCUGGCCUCCCGCUGCCAGGGUCUGGUGGACGUCCCGUUCCGCGCCAGAGGCGACGGGGAGGACGGCGCCGCGGGCGGAGAGAAGAGGAGGAGGAGCAAGAAGCCGACGGUUUACGAGAGUCCAGAGUCUGGAGAUCAGCGAGUCCCAGACCCGCGGCGGAACCGGAGGAAGCCGCUGGGCGCCGACUACUCGGCCAGGAAGUCUCCUCUCUACGACAACUGCUUCCUGUACGCGCCCGACGGCCAGCCGCUCUGCACCUGCGACAAGAAGAAGGCCAGGUGGUACCUGAACAAAGGGAUCGGAGUCCUCCAGAGUGAGGACCCGUUCGUGGUGAGGCUGCUGUUCGAGCCGUCGGGGCGUCCCGAGUCGCAGCACGACUACUACCUGACCGAAAAGGAGAACCUGUGCGUCGUCUGCGGCAAGGCCGACUCCUACAUCAGGAAGAACAUCGUCCCGCACGAGUACCGGCGCCACUUCCCCACCGAGCUGAAGGACCACAACUCCCACGACAUCCUGCUGCUCUGCACCGCCUGCCACGCCGCCUCCAACGUGCACGACGGCGUCCUGAAGCAGCUGCUGGCCGACGAGUUCUCUGCCCCCCAGGGCUGCGAGGAGGGCGUCCGCGUGUGGGAGGACUCGGACCGGCGGCGUGUGCGCUCGGCGGCGCGUGCUCUGCUCAGCAGCGGAGACGGGCUGCCGGAGCAGCGGAGGGAGGAGCUUCAGCUGCUCAUCAAGAAGUUCCUGAACACGGAAGAGGGGGCGGAGCUAACGGAGGAGGAGCUGCAGGAGGCCGCCAGCCUGGAGACCAGGAUCCUGAACGAGGCGUACGUCCCUCACGGCCUGAAGGUGGUGCGCGCCCACGCCCAGCGGGGUCUCCGGGGCCUCAUGGAGCUGGAGCGCCGCUGGCGGCAGCACUUCCUGUCCAGCAUGCAGCCUCGCCACCUGCCCCCCCUGUGGUCCAUCGACCACAACCACAGCAAGUUCCUGCGCAGAUACGGGGCGGAGCUCCCCAUCAACCUGAACUGACCCCCUCCCCCUCCCAACAGAGGAUUAUUUAUAAAUUCCUGAACUGAUUGUUUUAACUUUAUGGACAGGAGUGCUGCCCCCUGCAGGCUGCAGCUGUUCCUGCAGCGUCUGAGCGAGCUGCUUCUGUUUCAGGUCGAUGGCAGUAAAGAUGCCCCCCCCAUGCUUUAAAGGGGAGGGGGCGUGGCCUCGUCCGUGUCCAGCAGAGCUGCUCGCAGGCGGACGACGUUUGGCGUCUUCUUCUUCUCAUCCGUUUCGCUGCCGUCUCUCCUGACGGGUGGGACCCCCCCAUGGCUCAUGUUUUAAUGCGCCUCUUAACCCCCCCCCGAGAGGAGAACCGCACCGGGACCCAAACUGCCCAACCACGACGUCAUUUCCCAGAAUUCAUAGUGACAGUAAGACAGCAGCUGCUGGACGCCGAUCGGUCGUUUCCGCUUCAGAUGAAACAAAAGUUUAAAUUAUGAUAUUUUUCAAUGAAUUAAUAAAGUUUUCUUCAAACUAAAUGAAGUUUACGGUGAAACAUCAGAAUGUUUCGGUUUUCUGACCUGAAACUUCUAACACUUACAGACGUGAAGGAAAUCCGGACGCUCCGAUGAAACGCAGAUCCAUGGAGGGAAAACGGGAACGCCGACUGUCGCAGAGCAGUCAAAACUACCCAACAUGCACUGCAGCGCUGCAUCCGCCUGCAUGAUCUCAAACACCUAAUCUGUCAAACCUUUUGAAUGUGGGAACCAGCUGGCUCCGCCUACUUUUACUGAGGCAUCUGAUUGGUUGGUUUAUAACUACAGGAAAUGUAAAGAAGUAUCGGAUCCAGAAUGAUAUUCUGACCAACAGGGCGUUUCCAUGGUGACGUAGGACGGUGACGAUGUGUAAAGUGACUUCCGGUGUUAGAACGCCAAAACUGACGGCUGAGCGCCGUUUGACACAACUUUACAUAAACGGGUAACGUUUCUAAUUUUAACAGAAAAAUGGACAAUAUUUAUUUUACGAAAGCCCCGCUGAACUGUAUUUAAUUUUGUUUUUGUUCACAAAUCUAAAUACAAGUUUGAAUAAUCUUUAAUAUCGGAGGUUUUCUGGAGUACUCCUGGUCCUCCUGUGGACCUCCUGGUCCUCCUGUGGACCUCCUGAUCCACCUUUGAACCUCCUGUGGACCUCGAUGUCCUCCUCCGUCCUCCCGUCAGGUUUCCAGUUUCUUCAGGUGAAAUUCUGUCUUAACUUCUGGUUUUCUCUGAAGUUAACUCUGUCUAACAAACUGAUGGAAUGACCAGAUGAGAUGCUGAAUUACUGUUUGAUGUUUUAAUAAACAGAUUUAAUGAAA